AUGCCAGCAUUCGCUCGCUCGUCCAAGCCGACAGCUACGAUCACCGCAACACCGCCACCGCCAUCCACAGCCGCUGCUUCGUCAUCAAAGGCGUUACCAACCGACCUUCCGAGCUCAGCAUCAAACCUCACUCAGCAAUCCCUAUCCGUUCUUUACCAGUUCCUAUCAUACGCCGAUCCAGAAUCAGCGUCGCUUCUCCCCCUCUCUCCACCCUCCAACAAUGCGAUCUCUUCAUCAUCUAUACCAACCCAAACACCAGCGCAACCAGAGAUUCCAAUACCAGAAUGGACCGUCCUCUACACUACCACUACCCCUUCCACCACUCCAGGCGGCUUCUCCUCCUCCACCACAGUCCGUUCCCAUCCCGAUCCCUACCGCUAUCUCUUCAGCGUCCAAUCCACAUUACCCGGAGUGACAGCGAGACAGUUCUGGUCCCUCAUGGCCAGUGCCGAGAAUCGCAAGCUCUGGGAUAACACAGUUGAGGAAGCAACUGUUAAGCGCUGGCUCAGCAGCGAAUCUCGGGCAGAGGGAGAUGGCAGUGCGGAGAUGGCGCGAGCAGUAGCUGCAAGAGUGGAACUACUGAGGUUUGGCAGCAUUUUCAUGGUCGCCAAAGCAAGAGAUAUGGUGUUGCUCUCAGUUGAUGCGAGGUUACCUUCUAAUGGCCCCCUGAGGUUGGUUUCGACUUCGCAAAGUAUUGUACAUCCCAGUUUGCCGCCACGGAAGGGCUAUACUCGCUUUGAGCUCAGGACGGGCGGGUUCAUGGUCGAAGAUCUUGGUGAUGACCGCGUUCCCGAUAUCGCUGCUUCGGAACUAGGAAAAAGUCCAUCGUCAGCUACGUCUACAAACGGAUCACACAUUCGCAAGGGCUUGCUAGCUCUUGGUCGCCGCGGUCGUUCGAACUCUUCCAGCUCUUCUACCGGCAACAGGCAUUUGCGACAAGCUUCUGACUCAGUCGAUUCACCUCAGCAGCGCAGCAUGCCGAUAAGGGAUCCAAGAGGACCAGCAGUACGCAUCACACAAGUGUCGGAUCUGGGAGAGAUGGCAGCUUGGGUUCCAGCUUCAGUGAUCAAGAUGGUCGCGUCGACGUUGGUGCCCAGAAGUAUUGCCUCCGUCGCAAAGGUAGCCAAGAUGAUGCCGGUUGCGCAAGUCUUGUAUUCGGAUUACGAUCAGCGGGGAGCAGGGAGAGGAGAUGAGGAGGUGGUAGCGGAAAGGUUGGGUGAGAAUGGUGGGACAUGGUAUAGGCAUAGAAUGUUGCCAGAGAUGGUUGGAAGAGGAGUGUUGAAGAAGCCCAAGUCGAGGCCCACUACUGCAAGUAAGCAGGUGGUUGCACCUGCAUCCGCAGAGGUGCCAGCGACGACGACGCCUGAGCCGCUUGCAGCAAGGUUGAGUGAUGUUCCUGAAGUAGCGCCUACUACUGAGGCCAAGGAUGAGAGAGAUUCAGAGAUCAAACCCAAGCCACCGCCGCUCAAGGACAGCACCAACAUCCACCACCAGGACAUCAUUGCGCCAACUCAAUAUACCACAGCAGAACCCAUCACCGCCGCUUCUGCUGCUGCCCCUUCAACCCCCUCCUCCUCCUCCGCACCCAAAUCACUACUCCCACCACGAACCUCAUCCCUUCCACCCUCAUCUCCUUCACUCGACCGUCAUACACCUUCAUUCUCAGGCUCGCCCAACAAGCCACUUUCCCCAUCCAGCCCCCUCUCCUCUCGCCCAGCAAUGCUGUUGGACUUGGGCUCGCUCGAUCCACCGCAACUCUUUCCCUCUCACACCGGCGCCACCCGCACCUCUUCCUCGCCUGGGUUGUUCGCAUCAACAGACUCCGAUUUGGGCGGUUCCGUAUCUUCCCUCACCCCUUCUUUUCCUGCUGCUAGUCGAAUGUGCGGAGGGAAAAAGUUCAAUAUUCCACCAACACCCUCUGAGGGUACCGAAACAGUACCAGGUUCUGUAGCUGCUUCUGACUUCGAAGCUGCCGCCAGCGACUACUUGACCUAUGGAGUGCUGGAGAAGCAGUUCAAGCGUGCGACGCUCAAUUUAGCACAACAGGAUGGUGAUAGGGAGAGUCAGGAGAUUCUAGACGAUGCAGGUGAAGAGACGGGGGAUGUUACUAUACGUCAACCAUUCCCCGGCUCAGCAUCUCCAGCGUCGCCGCUAGCAAUGGGGUUGAUGAUGAGUCCAGCAGAAAAGCGAUCCAGAUUGUUAUCUAAUGAAUACUUCCCCGCACAUAUCGACGCUGGUGGAAACAGGAGCGCUGACAACGAGGCAAAGGCUGCCCGCGAGAUGGAUCAAAAAAUGCGUCGCCUUUCAUCAGCGCUAUACGCAGAGAUGGAACGUCGACAACUCUCCGGUUCUGGUUUCUCACCACGCACCAACCAAACUCGACCUCUAUCCCCACUCUCUCCGCACCCUCCGCACUCCACGCUCCCGCCUCUGCCUAACAUCAAUCUUGAGGAGCAGCGAACGGCACCACUCGCCACAGCCCAAUCGUCCGACCUGGUUGCCCUACUCGCAGAUGCCUUGUCCGAAUCCCUCCCGUACAUCCCCACCACCGCUUCCCCACAGGACCAGGAGAGAGAGAUACGAGAACAAGUGCGUCGAGUAUCAGCUAUGCUCCUAGCUGGAUCUGAUGCAUUGGCGCUCAGUUUGGCUCCCGGAGCGAGGGAUAGUCUGGGGUUGCAACUGGAUGGGUUGAGUACACCUACUGAGGAAGAGGGGAGUGUGAGGAGUUCGGUUAGUUCUGCAGAGGCUAAGAAAGCCGGGAAUGGGAAGGCGAAGGCGAGAUAUGGUGAAGGAUUGGGAGCAGCGGGAGGAUAUGGAAGGAGCAGGAAGGUAUCGGUCAAUUCAAUGGGGAGGAAUAUCAGUGUUGGUGCAGCAGCAAAAGCUGAUGUUGUUGCAAGUACGGAAAGUGUGAUCAGUGUUAGACGUCCUCAUGCCAGGUCUACGACGAGCACUACGCCAAGUUCUAGUGCUGCAGGAAGCAGUCAUUUCACCCAUCCGAGCACUGCGAACACUUCUCUGCUUAACUCGGUCCCCGAUCUUCCAACCGCGGUGGAGGCAGCGCAAGGUACGGAGACGAAAGCAGUGGAAAGCCUACGAGAACUAGAAAAGGGUUCUCGUCGAUCAGUUCGUGCUGUGAAACGAAACCUGGUCACUAGUGCCCCCACCACCACUUGCUCACCGACGCAGAAUGGUGGAGAGGGAAGGUAUGGUGCGAGACUGCUCUCCGGUUUAGCAUAUUAUAGCGGUUAUAGCUGGUACUAUGCCUCCACUUCACCCACUUGCUCUAGUCGCCCAUCCUGCACUGCAUCUUGUGCUCAACAACGGGACAGCCUUGCAACAACCAACGGAGGAGGUUUAGUGCGUCCCAUCUCAACCAGAUGCACGGCACAUAAGAAGCCUCGCAUACCCUCAAAUCACUCAAUAGGCAGGCGUAAGACCAGAGCAAACUACAGGCUGGAGAACAACUGCAAAUUACACCCCUUCCCAGGAUCACUUGGUAAACGAGCUGGGCUGGCGGGGGCUUUCCCGGUUCACACCAGUCCAAAUGGCGGCAACGAGGAUCUGCCUCCACCGAUCACAGGGUUCGGUGUGGGCAGGAUGAGGAGAUACGCAGCCACCGAUGCCGAAAGUGGAGGGAAGAGAGUGAGUAGCGCUGGUGGUAGUGGUGUAAGUGCCGCGGCGGGAAUGACCAGAGAGGGAGAAGGGAUAGUGGCAGAGGAGAGAGAAGAGGAAGGAGAGGAUGAGAGUUGGGAAGAUGAUUUGCCUUCAUCUCUACCAACAUCUUCGGGGCAGAUUUUGACUCGUCAGCAUCAUAUGGGUGGUGGCGUACGGGCUGUCUGA